AUGAAUAAAUUAACACCAGUUGUUCUUUAUUGCCAUGGUCUUGGCGCAACUGUACAAAGUGGAAUUGCAUUGGUUGCUAAAAAAUUUGUGGAAAGUCGAGGAUUACAAUUUAAAAGUGUUGAAUACCAAAAUUCCGGACGUAAAAAUUGUAUUUGGAAUGUCGAUGAUUGGCUUAAUGAUUUAUUAGUGAGUAUUAAUGAAUGUAGCAAACAGCAACGAUUAUGCUUACUUUUUGGUUGUAGCGCUGGUUGUCAUAGUAUAUUACGUGCUACACUUUUAAAGCCACAGGCUAUUUGUGGCCUAAUACUUUUAUCACCUGGUGUAGGCUUAAAUUUAAAAUCAUACAUUCAUAUUGUUAUGCCAGAAUUUUGGGAAAAAAUUUUGGCUGGUAAAAAUGUGCCACAUCCUUCAGCAGGUAAAAAUAUUCCACCAAUAAUGAUCAAUCAACAAUGUCUACAACAUUUUGUUGAUACUUGCAUAAGUAAUCGAAUGGCAUCAAUUCCUAUUCAUUGUCCUGUGAGAAUUAUGCAUGGAUCCGAUGAUAAGAUAGUUCCAUUGUCAAAUGUGAAAAAGUUUAAAGAAAAAUUAGAAAGUAAAGAUGUUAUCCUAUCAAUAAUCAAUGGUUCAGGUCAUUAUUUACCAAUUGCGACAGAAUUUGAAGAAUUAUUCGAUUCGCUUCUCGGUUCACUGUAA